AUGGACGAGAAAAUAUACAGGCAGGAGAUAAAAGAUGUACUUGAGAAAAGUGAUCCUCGAGAGGUGGAUCGGAGCUUUAUGGACGAUGCGUUGCAGAGGAUAAGGAGAAGGCGGGAGGUGGUGCCGGAGGAGGUGGCAAGGGCGAUUCUGUUUAUGGCGGACUUUCCGGACAGGGAAUGGAAUCUCUCUGCAAUUGUUGGGGCAAUGAAGAGCAAUCUUGAGGAGAUCAAUUGGAGGGACGUCUACUCAUGCUUCCUUGAUGUGAACUUCAGUAUAUGGACUCUGGAGUCUCUGUAUGUCAUCAUUGAUUGCUGGGUCUAUAUCAGCGGGAUCAUCACUGUUCCGUACGAGAUAUUUUUCAAGAGGUGGAAGAAUGAAAGAGCACAGAUAUACUUUCUGAGGCUUAUUAUCGAGAGCGACGAGAAGAGGACGCAGCUGUACUCGAACGUGUUCUUUACGAGGAUUGUUAGCAUCGAGGAUUCAAGGGGCCACCGGUUCAAGAAUGUGAUGGGGUAUGAGAGCAACUUCAACUGUGUAGAGCUUUUCCAGUGCAUUGGGAUGCUUGGAUCGCUCCCGUUGAUUGAGCUAAUUGCACGGAAGUCGCCUGAAUGGUGUGCAGCGGGGCUUGGGUUUGUGCAGCCAAAGUUUUCCAGGAUUUUUGAGGAGCUCCUGAUGGGCUUUGCAAAGGGGGCGCCGAACAGCUUUGUUUUCCAUGUGCUAUUCAGGAGUCACCCCGAGAUGAUGCUUCAGAAGUCUCUAGUUCUUGCCAAGGAAGGAAUACCGGUGUCCCGCCUCCUCGACAUAUUUCUGGAGCACAAGAUGCUUCCUCUUGUUUCCGAGCUGCUGGACCCGCCUGAGCUUUGCUUUGACAUUAUUGUGCUAAGCUCGAUCAGAGACCACCUGAAUCUCGGGAUCUGGCUGUCGAACAACCUGACGACCCGAAAGGAUGAUUUUGUUAGGUCUCUGGUGCAGUACUUGGAUUCGAAGGUGUCAAAGCACAAGGAGCCUGAAAAGAUGUUUCCGCUGAACAUCGAGAUUAUGGGAACCUUUACGAAGGCUGUGGAGCAAUACAUUAGGAUACUGAAGCCUGAGACUGUUGUGGUGUACAACGAGUUUAAGUCCCGGAUCCCCCACGGACUCCGGGCCCAGAGGAGUAAGGAGAUAAGGAUCGAGGAAGAAGCAAGCAGCUUCAUUUCGCAGAUCAUCAACUCGCAGCGUGGGAUUGAAAGCAGCAUCAACCAGAUCAAGGAAUUUCUCCGAGGAAAUGCAUUAAGCAAGGAACUGGCAUCCCGGAUAUUUUCAGCACUUCUCGAGAACUAUGGGUCGCUGUACAAGCUUCCAAAUUCCGACCUGAUUGCAUUGCUGUACGGCGGGCUGAUCAAGGAGAGGGUGUUCCCCAAGCCAUACUUAAGGAUGGCGAUUGAGUACAUAAAAGGGUCUCUGAAACAUCCUGAGAACGAGCGGGAAUACUCGUUUGGAUUCAGGUGCCUCGAGGUGUUUCUUCCGUCAUAUCCAUCGAUCCUGUCUGAGGUUGAGGAAAUAGAGACAGUCAACAACAUCCUCAUCAAGAAGGAGCUAGUUCUUAUGGAUUCCGAAACUCAUCCUAUGCUGGAGCUGGAAGACAUAGUAAGACUGAUAUUCAAGUGUGAUGCCAGGAACGAGUCGAGGGCUACAGAAGUGAUUAAGUCCCUGGACCUAAGACGCGGAGACGACAUUCACAGGCUCUCGGAAGCCCUGGAGCAAGGCCUUGUAGGCGGGGAGGAAAUAAUAAUGCACAUCAUCCGGAGCACUGCCUUUGAGGAUUGCAGAAGAUUUGUGGAGGUCGUGGAGAGGCUGGGAAAGGACUUCUACCUGAGGUUUUCUCGGAAGUCUCUUGAGUUUCUCAAAAUGUUGCUGGACUACAGAUGCAGGAGUGAGGUAAAGGUUGCCAAAAGUCUGGGGCUUGUUCUUGGGAGAGUGAUGCUUGCCAAAAACAGGAUUGUGACUUCCGAGCAGUUUGACUUCAAGAAGUUUGUUGUGAAGUCUGUUGAGUGCCGGAGGAUUCUAUUUGGAGUGAGCUUUAUAUCAAGCUUCCUGAGGCAGGGGAAAUGUGGGAUUGUAUUUAUUCCAAACAAUCCGUGGGUGAUGAGCAUCCUGGAUCUACUGUCUGAGAUACAUAGCUGCACUCCGAGGGUGGUAAGGGACGAGAUUCAGGGUCUAUUCAGGCAUCUCUCGGUUGAGCUUGUCCCAAAGCCACUCAAGAGUCUCGGGCUCAAGUCCAGGAAGUAUCUUGCGGAGUACAUUAUUGAGGACAGCGAUCUUGUGGUCAGACACGUGAUAUCGCUUGCUUUGGACCUGAGUGUCAGGGAGAUAUGCGGGGCGAUUGUGGAAAAAGCCUGCUCUGUUGCGAUUCAGACUGGAAUGGCGCUCUUUAAAACGAUGAGUGUUGAGAAGGGAAUGGAGUAUGUGCUUUUCAGGAACAUGGUUGUGAAUCUCACAAAGUUUCUAUGCCUAGUCUCUGCACAGGAACCGAUCAAGGCAUGCAUCUCUGGAAAUGUCUCGUAUUUCAUGAAGCUCUGCUCUCUGGACUUUUCCACGGAAAAGGUGUUCAAGAUAGCCAUGGAAAACCAAGAUGUCUGCUGCAGACUUAUCCAGAGGGCCGGGGUUUCGAAGGUCAGCGAGUCGAUCAGCUCGUGCUAUAGCAGCCUGGAGUACAGCAUCGGGAAGGCGAGCCAUGCCAGGCUGUCUCUUCUUGAAGACCCAGGGCACAUUGAGAAGAUAGCGAUUAAGGCGAUUGACAGUAAUGAAUACCAGGAGAUAAAGGCACAUCUGGUGCAGUUAAGCAAGAAGAUACCAUACUCGAAGAAGAAUGUCAUAGCCGAUGAAUGGCACGGACUCCUGAAGGAGGGAAAGGAGGAGGUGUUCAGGAGAAUACUGGAGAGCGUGGAGAGCAGCGAGGACAAGGACGAGGAGUGUAUCCGGCUGUGCAGAUACAUCACAGGGCAUCUCAUAAAAAGCGGCAGCAAGGAGGACUUCCUGUUUAGAUGCAUGGAAAAGAUAUUUAAGAUAUCGUUUAAGACACAGAAGGAAGUGCUGGGCUGGCUUAUUUAUUCGAACGACCCGCGAAAGUUCAGCAUCAGCCUUGUCGGCAAGUUCAUAGAGCACAACUUGAUCAAUGUUGUGGAGUACGACCAAGCCUUAUCAAAGAUCCCGCUUGCUGACGGGAAUCUCGACUUUGUGAUAGCGCUUCUGGCAUCGCUCAUAACGGCCGAGGUCCAGAUAUGCACGGUCUACGACUUCAUCUGCACUCUGGAGAUGCUUGCCGGGCACAGCGACAACCCCAAGGUCUUCGACUUUUUCCAGAAGAUCAGCAAUUUGAUGAUGCACAUUGAAGCAAAAGGAGUGUCUGAGUACGACGAAUAUGUCCGGAACUGCAGAUUCACAACGGUUCCUGAGAUGUUCCUUCCCGAGUUUAUGGAAAGAACGGACUACCCUGCAUCGCUAGACAUCCGAUCUGCAUUCAAGGUGUCCUGGGACCACUUUAUACGGCACCACCGGAUCCCCACUGCAUACUGCUACUUGAAGAUAGAUCCUCUCCCAGGGCUCAUCAAGAACAGGCUCUACGAGUCAAUCAAGGACAGUCUCUUUGUGUUUCUGGAGGCGUACAGAAAAAGGAACUACCUCUUCUUCAAGCUCUAUACAAGAUUCAUUAUCAAGACCCUCGAUGUGAUUGAGGACACCCCCAACAACAGAUCUCUGGUCUACUCGAUACUGGAGGUUCUGUCUCCAUCCAGAGUUCCUGGGUUUACAUCCUGCUUCCUGGAGAUCCUGACCCACAAGUUUGUCUCCGGGUUCUUCGACUCUGAGGAGGGGGUUGUUCUUGUAAUGGAGGCCCUUCGAUGCGGGUUCUAUAGCACAAGGCUUGUGUAUCCAAUCACCCAGAUUAUGCAGUCCUUCAGGAGGAACCCUGUGCAUGCCAGGAUGUACUCUUCGUACUUGACAUAUUGCUGUCCCCAGGAGUAUCCCCACAUAAAGAACUUCAUCAACCAAUUCAGAGACAGGAUUGUGCCUGUGGAAGGGCAGAAUUCUUUCUUCAGGCUCCGAACUGCUCUCCAGAACAGAACAUCUGUGAAGGUGACCGACCUUGGAAUAGGGAAGAACCUCUGGGUGUACCUGAUAGACAACCUCAACGAAAUGGAUGCUGUCUCGUCCACGGUGGUUGAGAGUAUCAAGUUUAUGAUAGAAAGAAAAAUGCAUCUUGAGGAGAUUCUGACGAUGCUCUGGAUCAGGAUGAGGGCAGGGGGGCCGCCAAAGGCACUUGCAGCUUGUUAUGAUGAGAUUUCCUCUUUUGAUUUUUGCCGUGUGUUCCUGAAGUCUCUUGAGAGUCAUGGUUAUAAUAAACUGUAG